AUGACAUUCUGUGACAUAUCCCACGCGCUACACGUUCUACAACUUAUCAAGGACACAUCCCAGUUCAUGCUACCCGUAUGCCGACCUCCUCUUAUUGAUCAAUCACUGCCUAGCACUAUUUGUAGCGCUGACGAAAAAGCUAAGGGCCCAAAGUCUAGGACCCAAGAAGAGGUCACGAUGAAAAUCACAGCGCAAUCUGCAGGUGGUGUAGCUGACGAGGACGACCAAGUUCUCGAGGCAGGCUUUUGCGAAGGGACUGAUGGCUCAGGCUUGGCGGUGAUCUUCCAGCGCGACCUUCUCGUGGACGGUCCAUGGGACGGUGAUCGCAGGACCGAUGAUUACUUCUCGAACAGCUACUGUGUAACCCUUGGAUCGGGCGAGACAGUAUACGGAGGGCUAGAGCAGGUCGCCUUCUCAGGGAAUCGGGGAACUUUUGAUUUCGCCGACCCCAUGGCCGGCAUUCUCGGCAUAGGGCCACAAGUCAUUGUUGAUUUCGAAGUGUCCCAGCAGGACCUGCAGCUCUUUCAAGAAACGCUUAAGAAGAUAGUAACAUGGGGGGUUCCCAGUCAAAUCCCUCGACUGAAUGGAUUCAGUUAG